CCUAUGCCUCCACUAUAUAUAGAUUAUAAAUGCUACGAAUACAUUAAAUAUAUUAUAUCUCUGCAGGUACUCACAUAUUUACAAAUUGACAAAAUAAAUCAAUCAAUAAAUCAACGAAUACUAUAUAAUACAUUAUACAUUAUACAUCAUAAUGCCCACGAUAGCAAUAGCAGGCGCCUCAGGCAAACUAGGCGGCGCAACGCUCUCCGCGCUGCUCGCGCACAACCUCGUCCCCGCAUCCUCCAUCGUCGCACUAACAUCCUCCCACCCCGGCUCGUCCACAUUCACCACCCUAGCCGCCACAGCCCCCGGCCUGCAGGUCCGCCACGCGAGCUUCGAGGACCCCGCGUCCUUCGAGCGCGCGCUACAAGGCGUGGAUAGGUUCUUCUUGGUGUCGACGCCGCAUAUACAGCUGGAUUUCGAUAGGCUUGUUGUGCAAGGUGGAGGAAAGGAGGGGGAGGAGAAGAAGAAGUGGGAGGAGGUACCGGAUGGCCAGGGGCGCGAACGCCACCAUAGAGUCGCUAUCGAUGCCGCCGUGCGCGCUGGUGUGAAGGACGUGUAUUACUCCAGCCUGGCGUUCGCGUACGACCCGCAGAGCAAAUCCGCGACGAAUAAGAGUAAAGCGGGCGUUAUGCGCGCGCACCUCCGCACGGAGGCGUACCUCGCGCGGCUGCGCGACGAGGGCAGGCUCGACAACGCGACGGUUAUCAGGGAGGGGCUGUACGCCGAGUCCUGGCCGCUGUACCUGGGGUACUUCGCGGGGGACGGGGACGACGAGCGGCGCGAGGUGCCGCUCGCGGGGGACGGGAAGAUAAGCUGGACGGCGAUCGGGGACCUAGGCGUUGCGAACGCGGUGGUGCUCGCGGCGCCGGAGGGGGAAGGGGAAGGGGAGUUUAAGAACCGCUUGUUUUACCUGUCGACGCGGGCUCGGACGGCGAAGAGUAUCGCGGAGGUGGCGGGGCUGGUGGGCGCGGCUAGGGGAAGGGAUGUGAGGGUGAGGGUUGUGGGGAGGGAGGAGCAUGUGAGGUAUUAUGUGGAGGAGCGGGGGAUGGACGAGGCGGCGGUUAGGUGGUGGGUUAGUACGUACGAGGCGUUGGAGGAGGGGGAGUGCGAGGUUGAUGAUGGGAUGCUGGAGGAGCUGUUGGGGCGCGUGGGGGCGAAGCCGGAGGGGGUGGAGGAGGUGAUUCGGAGGAUGGUUAAGGGGUAGGUGGUAGGGGGUUUGGGUGUGGGUGUGGGAAAGGAGGUCGAUAUAGAGAGGAGAGGAUCUUAGGCGAUAGCUGGACUUUACGAGCUAAACAAAAGCCUACGUUGAAGAAGCUGUUGGAUUAUCUCGAGGUACCUUGAAUAGGGGGUCGUAGUUAUUAUAUAGAACUACGUACAAUACAUACGUGCAAUACCCUCUAAGUCAAACCAACAAUGAGAUUCCACACAAGUCGAAAGGUAGAAUCGAACCGAAUCAACAAUAACAACAAUAUCAAAAAAACAUCUCAGCCACCUCCCGUCUAAAAUUCCCGCCUCUUCACACGCAGCAAACAACACCAACACCAACACCAAACCAAUUAAGUGCAGAUCCACUCCCAACCAAAUAAACCCCGCUCACAAACCGCCGCUAAUAUAAAAACAAUUAAGACAUAGGGCUACCAUCACGCACCCGUCCAUAACUCACGACGAAACGCAAAGUCCGGUAUAGUGUAACGGCUAACAUACCUCGUUUUCACCGAGGAGCUCGGGGUUCGAUUCCCCGUACCGGAGACCAAUUUAUUUUUUACUUAUUCUCUUUUCUUCCUAUUUUAUUUCUUCUUAUUAUUUAUUCCUUCCUCCCUUCCUAUUUAUUCC